AUGAAAGAGCAGAGUGAACUUGUUCCUCUUCUGACUGGUGGAAAGUUAAAGUCUUAUCAGCUCAAAGGUGUCAAAUGGCUAAUAUCAUUGUGGCAAAAUGGUUUGAAUGGAAUUUUAGCUGAUCAAAUGGGACUUGGAAAGACUAUUCAAACCAUUGGUUUCUUAUCACACCUGAAAGGAAAUGGGUUGGAUGGUCUGUAUCUAGUCAUUGCUCCACUUUCUACUCUUUCAAAUUGGAUGAAUGAGAUCGCUAGGUACGGUACUCUUUACCAUACAUGUUUAUUUAGUGUUCAAGCUUUGAGAACGAUUUCAUUUUUUCCUUCCUCUUGA